UUGAACCGUGCCAGUCAUAGUUGUCCCCGCCCUCUGAUAAUGCAGCAUGGGCGAAAAUACCAGACCCAAGCGCUACAGCUGAGGAAGCAGACCCACUACUGCCGAUGUUUUUGGACGGUUGAGCUAAAGUGAUGUUCCAACAAUGCCGAUAGUAGAUAAACUCAAGGAGGCAUUGAAACCUGGUCGAAAGGAGACGGGCGAUGAAGGCGACCUCAACAAACUGUUGGCCUCUUCUGCCAAGAAAGUCCUUUUGCAGAAGAUAGAAUUUGAACCUGCCAGCAAGGGGUUCUCCUAUCAGCUGGACAGUUUAAAGAACAAGUAUGUGAUCCUCAAUCCGAGGAACGAGGCUGCAGCAGGGCAGAAGGCCACAGAGCCUGCCCAAAUAAAGAGGCAAGCCUCUGAGAAUGUUGUUGGGAGCCAGAGUGAUGGCAUUCCUGCCCCACAGAAAAUGCUCUUUCCAGGGAACAAGCUGACUCUUAAAUGGGAGCGAGUGUACAGGGUGGGAGCCGGCCUCCACAACCUAGGAAACACCUGCUUCCUCAACUCCACCGUGCAGUGUCUCACCUACACCCCGCCACUUGCCAACUACUUACUCUCAAAGGAGCACAGCCGUGCCUGUCAUCAGUCAGGCUUUUGUAUGAUCUGUAUAAUGCAGAACCAUAUCAUCCAAGCCUUUGCCAAUACAGGCAAUGCCAUAAAGCCUGUCUCCUUCAUCAGAGACCUAAAGAAAAUUGCCAGACACUUUCGUUUUGGGAGCCAAGAGGAUGCUCAUGAGUUUUUGCGGUACACGAUUGAUGCCAUGCAGAAAGCCUGUCUCAAUGGCUACCCAAAACUUGACAGGCAGACCCAGGCCACAACGCUGGUUCACCAGAUCUUUGGAGGUUACCUCAGGUCAAGAGUGAAAUGCUCUAUUUGUAAAAGUGUGUCAGACACAUACGACCCUUACCUGGACAUUGCCGUGGAGAUUCGGCAAGCAGCAAACAUUGUGCGAGCUCUGGAGCUGUUUGUCAAACCAGAUGUGUUAAGUGGAGAGAAUGCGUACAUGUGUGCCAAGUGCAAAAAGAAAGUGCCAGCAACGAAGCGCUUCACAGUCCAUCGAACAUCUAAUGUACUGACCCUUUCACUGAAGAGGUUUGCCAACUUCAGCGGGGGAAAAAUAACAAAGGAUGUCGGAUAUCCAGAAUUUCUCAACAUCCGCCCUUACAUGUCUCAGAGCUCAGGUGAUCCUGUAAUGUACGGCCUCUACGCUGUCCUGGUGCACUCUGGCUACAGUUGUCAUGCUGGCCACUACUACUGCUACGUCAAGGCAAGUAACGGACAGUGGUAUCAAAUGAAUGAUUCAAUGGUGCACUCGAGUAACAUCAAAGUAGUCUUGAACCAGCAGGCUUAUGUGCUUUUCUACCUGAGGAUCCCUGAAACCAGAAAGAAUGCAGAUGGGCAGACCACCAAACAGGCCAUGUUGCAUUCUGGGAAGAACAAUGCAUCCUCUGAGCAGAUAAAGAGGACCAAUCUGAACGGUCCACUCUCCUCCCCACAGGUCACAAAGAAACUUGAGCCUGCACAGCUUCGUAAGAUUCAGUCCAUGGACGGUGGUCUGGGCUUACCCGUUUCUAGAAAUGGCGUGAGCAGUCAGCCGCAGCCCAGACUAUCCAACUGGACAUCAUCCUCUAGUGGUCCACCUAAGCUGCCAGGUGGACCCUCAGUCAUUGAAGAACCUUUUAAAAAGCUGAAGAAGCCCACUCCCCAGAGCCAAGCACAGUCCCGCAGCAGUACUCCUACCCCCUCCACAAACGGAGUCAGCAGGACCGAGGGAGAUAAAAAGCAAGGCGGCGAAGGCAGAGGCAUGGCAGCGUCUACCUCAUUUAAGUCUUUGUCUGACUCCUCCUCUGCUGACACCUCUGACUCAAAGGACUCUGUGGGUCCUAAAAGUGCGCCUCUACCAGAGACCCCCUCCACCCCCCGGAAAGGCUCCAACGGUCUUGCAUCUCCAGCAAAGAGUGUGGAGCGCUCUCAGAGCACAGAGGACCAGAAGACGGCGAAAAUAAAACCCCCGGCCCUCAACAACAUCACAUCUGAAGCCACCAGCACCAUGUCACCUCCACCUGCCAAGAAACUGGCCCUGUCAGCCAAGAAGGCUCGCAGCCGGAGUCUGAGCAGCAUUGAUGCUCUGCCCCCUUUGCCACGCCAGCCGUCCAGUGACCCCAUGCAUCAAACUCAACUUAACUCCCUCACUUUUGCUUCACCUAGUCACGCUCACAGAGCUGGUCCAUUCCAUUCAUCCGAAGUCCAGUCAUCGCCUUUUGCCCGCCUAAGUGGAACCUUCAAACAGCAGAGCCCUCAGAAAUGGCCCCUUCUCUCCACACUGCAAAAACCAAAUGCCAGCCUUUCUCUUACAACCAACGGGCUUCACAGUCCCUGCCCAAAGAACAAUAAGUCUUCCAACAACCUCAGCUCUGUGGUCCAAGAGCCCGAUUUCAACAGCCCCUCUGCCCAAAAGGUGACCCAAAAGAAGAAGAAGAAAAAGAAGCGACGUCAUUCUGAGGUUGAGGGAGAAGCAGAGCCAACAACAUCCUCAGCUACAGUGACACAGCCUGACACUGUGGAACCAGCCAGUGAGAAGAAGCGGAAGAAGAAAAAGAAAAAACGAAAGAGGGAAAAUGAGGAUGGAGAGAAGGCAAAGGAGAGAGAGUGCGUCCAGUCACACCUGGACACAUCGAACCAAGAAGAGGAUUGGUGUGAGGGCGGAAUAUGGAGCCUAACAUCCCAUCCAAUCUCAGAAAAGUCCAAGCAAAAGCCUCAGGUAGACGCCACAACCCCAGAGCAGUGUGAGCCUGAGUCAAAUCAGAAAGAACAGGGAAGGGACUGUUGGUUGUCGAAGAAGAAGAAGAAGAAGAAGAAAAAGAGGAAAAUGCAGCUGAUGGAGGCUCUGCAGAACAUUACUUCAACAGGCUCUGUAUCAGAAAGCAGUUUGGAGACAAAGGCCCCGGUUGUUCUGAAAGAUACAGGAGAUUUGAUAUUGCUGAAAACGAAAUUGAAGAUGAAGAAGAAGAGGCUAAAAGAAGAAGUGAGACUGUGGGAGGAGAGCAGACGAUGUGCAGAUGAGCCAAGCAGUGAAUCUCAAGCAGAGGAGCCCCCCACCAAAAAGAAUACUGCUGAGAAAGAUAAACUGAGCCAGCAGAGGACAGCUCCAGUGGUCGUGUGGGACAGCCAAGUGAAGGACGGCUACAAGCGCAGCCAUGCUCCAGCCACUGAUGGGAAUGUGUCUGGAGAUGCUGCGACCCAUACUGCCCCGGCAGCCUGGGAUGGGAAGAAAACAAGUGGGGUGGUACAAGAGCUGCUCAAAAAUGCUACAGAUAAAGCUUAUGGAGCCAAUGUCCUCAGCUGGGAUGGAGAAGCGUCUGUAAUUAGUCGAGAUGCUAUUGAAGAUGCCCACCAUGCCAUGUGUGAAACUGUGAUUGACGAAUGGGAUGAAGACUUUGACAGAGGAAAGGUGAAGAAAAUAAAAAACUAUAAAAGAGAGAAGUGGAGAAGCGGAAGCAGCAUCUUUCAGAAGAUCCAGGACAGACGGAACAAGUGGUCUGUAACACCUGGAGGGAAGCGAGUUUUUGGAAUCAGACGCUGAGUCCAGAUUGUGGUUGAGAUGGUGCUGAUUGAAGAUGGAGACAACUAUACUGUAUACCUGUACCCUUUCCCUUUUAUUUCUCUCUGUCUUUGUGUUCAGUUCAGACCCAAAUUCAAGAAUGAUAUGUAACCCACACACAGUGCAGCCCACUGUACCUACUGUCCUUCAGGAUGAAUUGAAAGAAUAUGAAGUGUUUCCUUCAGGCAUCAGUAACACUGGCCAGUUGGAUUUCACAUGUUUUUUAAACCAGAUCCACAGUCUGUGGUUUAGACUGUUCUAUGCAUGCAGUGUUUAACAGAAGAGCCACUUUGUCACAUUACUUUGGUGUUCUUUGAGCCUUGGUUUUGGCCCCAAAAAAUGUUCUACAAAACAAAAUACACUUCUGAUUUUUGUAAAGGGUAAUUUAAGAAGGGGAAAGUCCUUGUGCCACACUCUGGCUGUCUGAUACUGAAAACUGUACACAAUCUCAGAGCUAAAUGCUGCUUCUGCAGACAUAAGGGCUCAGCAAGUGGGAGGUUUAAGAAGUGACCUUUUUAUCUUUUUCCUGGAAUUAUUCUAUACCAAAUUGCAAAAGAUCCACAAUUCUGUAUUCAUAUGAACAACAUUAUUUUAGAUUUCUGUUUAUUUUUCUUAUUUUAUAUCUUUAUCUGCUGUUUUUAUUUUGCUGGAGUGUCUGUGCCAUGUGGCAUGUUUUUAAGGACCAAAUUUUGCCUGCAUAUUGUUGGUAAAAUUAAGGUUUAAAAUUGCCACCAUUAUCUAAACAUGCAUGUAUGAAUUGGGUAAAAAAUAAUGAACUAUAGUAAAUUUUAUUUUAGUUCUAAUGCGGUUUCAUUGUUUUUAAACUAUAAUUAAUUUUAUUUCAGUCAUGUUUAUGCUUUGUGCGCAGAACAUGCUUAUGUUUAUUUUUCUGACAGCUCAUAGUGCGUCGUGCAUCUGCAGAGGAGAGCGUAAGGUUGUUGGAGGAACUUAGACGGGAGCAGUUAUUUUCUACAGUGCAGCUAUGAAACUAUGUAGCUCAUCUCAUCAGUCCAGCGUUCAGGAUUUGCUCUGUCUGGAGGUUUGACUUCACAGUUCUCUGUAAUAAACAUCACCGCAAACUGUUCUUUACCAAUGUACUGAAAUAAAAGGGUUAAAUUUUAUACUUCAGGCACUGUGUUAGAAUGGGAUUGCAACGCGCUAAUAAUUUCUUUUCCCCGUGUAAUUUAUAUCUCUAUGCAAUUUUUCUGACGGUCAUGCUGGUCACCUAAAAACUGGGCUGAGACUCAGGAACCAGAUAUCCUGCACCCUAUCCUCAUCUCUGAUCUACAUCUCCUGUUGAUUAUCAGAGGACUCCUCCUUUUCCCUGGACCACCAUCCUGCACCCUGUACAUCUUGUAGAAACUGUUUUAUACAUGUAUUUCAGGUGUGGAAACCAUGGGAUCAUCUUGCACCGCUAUCCUGGCACAGAUGUGUAGAGAAAUCACGAUAACAAAAUGCUUUGCCAGUGUAGAAGAUUGUACAGUCCAUCUUGUGCUUCCUGUGUUUCCCUCCAACGCUGUAAAGACUUGCCCAUGCAUUUCUUUUCAUUCUAGAGAUGUUGCCUUGAAUUGGCUAUAAAAAGUAUAGGAUUUAAUGUUAAAAAUAUAUAAUUUAAAGAUGAAAAGACAGGUCUUUAACGUGGUACUAAUACUUGAGUCAGUUGGUGGAUGUUAAACUUGACAAUUUAUCUGCAAAUGUGUUUGCUCAUUUGUGUAUAGGAGAGUUGUCUUUUUUCAUGCAAGACCUUCCCUAUGUCACUGUAGUGUGUACAGUACAAGAGAGGCUGUGACAGUCUAAAGCUCCUAGGACGUGUUCGUCGACUGUGACAUCGAUGUAGGGUGUGACUCUCAAAUGGACACAGGAACAUUUAACCAGUAUGACUGGAUGGUCCACAUGUUUGCAUUGAUGGUUCUAUAUUUUGCACCACCUUUUCUGACCAGGGAAGAGACCUUUCAUAGUGAAAGUGGCUCUUACCACAUUAUAGGAAACUAUAAAGGUGCAAUAAAGUUGUGACUUUU